AUGCCCGCGCAGUUAAAGUAUUCGUGCAUCCUCAGGUUUGGCAGCUUUCAAGCUACAUGCCGCGGCUCAUUUCGCAAAUCUCAGCUCCAGUUCAACUGGCAGGCGGCCGUGGAUGAAGAUGGCGACACAGUGCAAGUGUCUCAGGGCAGUUGUCCUGAGGGCACAGAGUUGUGGUGCCAGAGACAUCCAGAGACGUUAGUCGAGCGAACGACACCCUUUGCAUCGCUUCGCGGCAUUUCCAAGUGGUCGAAGCUGCCGUUUGCAAAGGUUGGGCGCUCUGCAGCGCGUUACGGACACGAUCUUUCUACGCUCUUUGAAAUGAGAGCCGAGACGUCGUUGCCCAUGGUGCAGUCUCAGCGAGAAGCCCCGGCCCUGGCUCAGAGCUCAGGGAGAGCCUUUCGCUGUGAGCUGCGACUUUUGAGGCCGGGGGAUCUGGCUCUUCUGGAAGAUGUGAGGCACUCCUUCCGCAAGUGCGAUGGCUACCGGAUCUUUAGUGAUCGCAGACCAAUUGGAAGCGAGGAUGACGUGGACAUUGUCGUUGUGAGCGUUACGCAGCAGCCGACCAGCCGGGGGGAUGAUCAUUGGCUGUACCACAGGAACAUGGUUGGCCUUAUGCCAGCAUGGAAGCACAUGCUAGAGUCGGAUGUUCACAGCCAGUAUGACUGGUUUCUGAACGUGGAGUUUGACCACUUGCUCGUCCCCUCACUUCUUCGGAAAACAAUCGCGGAAUAUUUGAGCAUCUUACGAACUGGGAAGAAGGAGCAGCAACGAAGUGCGCAUGGGCCUCUGCUGCUGAUGUUCGGAAAUGCAUUUGCCUUCAACCGCGAACUCGUCACGGACAUGGGUGGCCAGUGGACGGUUUUGGGUCAGACCGCGCCGGCUGGCCAAGCCGCGGCUGGCUGUCCAACCUUCAUGGAAGGUCGCUUCGAGUGGCCAGACUCUUGUUCCCAGGAUAUCGUCUACCCCAACAUGGUCUCCGUGCUGGCACCACCAGUGCCGGCAUAUGGCGCACCUGGCUGCGGGCAGAAGCCGAACGACUUCCCAUUGGCUUGCUUCGAGUACAGCCGUCAGCCUGUCUUGGACACAGGCUUGGACCAGAUUGGCCUCGUCCAGGAGGUGAUCGCGGUGCGAAAUCUGGCAAGCGAGGCUCUCUCGAAU